AUGUGGAGGAGAACUCUGUCUUUGAUUUCAAGAAGACAUUUUUCCUCAGAACCGGAGAUUGUACCACUUUAUUCAUUCUUGCAGCCUUCAAUUUUCGCGUUAAAGAGAUCAAACGAAGCCUCCACAAAUCCCUUUCAGAAAUCCCGAGAACCCACUUCUCAAACUCUAACUCAAGAUCACAAAAACACCCUUGAGUCCUCUCUUCAAUCCGCUCUUGUUAGUAAAAAUACCGAUGAGGCGUGGAAAUCUUUCAAAACCCUGACUAACUGCUCUUCUUUCCCCAGUAAGUCACUCAUUAAUUCUCUAAUUUCCCACUUGUGCUCUUUGAAUGAAACCCAUAAUCUCAAAAGGGCAUUUGCAUCUGUUGUUUAUUUGAUAGAGAAGAAUCCGGAGCUUUUAGAAUAUGGAACUCUAGAGACCCUUUUGAAUUCUAUGAAAAAUGGGGGCAAUGCUGCCCCUGUUAUUGCAUUGGUUAAAUGCAUGUUCAAGAACAGAUUUUUCGUGCCUUUUAGUUUCUGGGGUGGAGUUUUGAUUGAUGUUAGUAAGAAGAGUGGAAGUCUUGUUCCGUUUCUGAAAGUUUUUAACGAGAAUUGUAGGAUUGCAGUUGAUGAAAAGUUAAAUUUUCUGAAACCUAAUUUGGCAGCUUGUAAUGCUGCAUUGGAGGGUUGUUGUCAUGAGCUUGAAUCUGUCAGUGAAACAGAAAGAGUUCUGGAGAUGAUGUCUGUAUUAGGUAUCAGGCCUGAUGAAUGUAGUUUUGGAUUGCUUGGUUAUUUGUAUGCUUUGAAGGGACUAGACGCAAAAAUUUCUGAAUUGGAGAUAUUGAUAGAUAGAUUUGGGCUUUCUGAUAGAAGAGUCUUCUUCAGUAAAUUGAUUAGCGGGUAUAUGAAGUCAGGUAACUUGGAUAUGGCUUCAAAAACUAUUCUACGUAGUCUCAAAGAAGCAGGUGAAAAACUUCUGUGUUUUAGUGAAGAAACAUAUGGUGAAGUAGUGAAAGGAUAUCUUCAGAAGGGGAGCACAAAAGUUUUGGCCAACAUGAUUAUUGAAGCUCAGAAAUUGGAAUCAUCGGCAGUCUCAGUUGAGAAAUCUAUUGGAUAUGGUAUUAUCACUGCGUGCGUUAACAAUGGUUUUUUGGAUAAGGCACACAGCAUCCUUGACGAAAUGAAUGCUCAGGGAGCAUCUGUUGGGCUUGGUGUAUAUACACCUAUCUUGAAAGCUUAUUCUAAGGAGCAACGAACGGCUGAAGCGGCACAAUUGGUUGAGGAGAUCAAUAGCUCAGGGCUACAGUUGGAUGUUAGUAGCUACGAUGCUCUGAUUGAGGCAUCUAUGUUGUGCCAAGAUUUUCAAUCAGCCUUUUCUCUGUUUAGGGAUAUGAGAGAAGCAAGAGUGCCUGAUCUCAAAAGCAGUUAUUUGACUGUAAUGACAGGUUUAACAGAAAGCCAUCGACCUGAACUCAUGGCUGCAUUCUUGGAUGAGGUCGUUGAAGACCCUCGGGUUCAAGUUGGUACACAUGAUUGGAACUCAAUUAUCCAUGCUUUCUGUAAGGCUGGGAGGUUGGAAGAUGCCAGGAGGACAUUGAGGAGGAUGACAUUCCUUCAAUUUGAACCUAAUGAACAGACUUAUCUUUCACUCAUUAAUGGGUAUGUGGCUGCAGAAAAGUACUUCUGUGUCUUGAUGCUUUGGCAUGAUGUGAAAAAAAAGGUUCCAGUUGAUGGGGAGGCGAAGUUCAAAUUUGACAAUCACUUGGUUGAUGCCUUCCUAUAUGCUUUGGUUAAGGGAGGUUUCUUUGAUGCUGUUAUGCAAGUUGUGGAGAAAGCCCAAGCAAUGAAGAUCUUUGUUGAUAAGUGGAGAUACAAACAAGCAUUUAUGGAAACUCACAAGAAACUCAAGCUGUGGAAGUUGAGAAAAAGAAACUCUAAAAAAAUGGAAGCAGUAAUUGCCUUCAAGAACUGGGCAGGUGCUGUUGAAUAUUUUAGGAAGGAAAUAUGUUUUCGUUCAUCAAUGUCUUCUCUAUUGCCCAUCUUGCUGCAAGUUUUUGUGUUCCUCCUCUUGUCUCAACUGCUUCAGGCUAACCAUGCCAUUCCCAGUAUCGUUCCACUCAAUGGUACAUGUCAUGAUACUUGUGGAAGAAUCCCGAUAAAGUUUCCAUUUGGUUCUGGAUAUGGUUGUGGGCAUCCUGAUUUUGCUAGAUAUAUCAGAUGCAAUUCCGGGGUGCUACAGUUCUCCACCGGCACCGGCAUUUACACUGUAUCUUCAGUAGACUACUCAAGCAACACCAUUUUGAUCACAGAUCCCUGGAUGUCAACAUGUUCUUCAAUGCAGAACUCAGGAAGCUUCAGAUUAGAUCGUCAAAGUCCAUUCAGUAUAACUGCAGACAACAUCUUUGUUCUUCUAGGUUGCUCCACGACGUCUCCAGUCUUCGACCGGAAUGAAGAUUUAUGCGAUACCGGUUCAGGGUCAAACAUAUGUAGAGGCUUGUAUUCUUGCAAUGCAGUGACUGGGAUAGGGUUGGAGCCAAAUGCACCAAUAUCCACCUGUUGCGUGUAUGAACCUCCUAUUCCGGUUGGUUCAGGUUAUGGUUUAGAUCUCCCUAAGCUCCAAUGCUCUUCGUAUUCAUCAUUGUACGGGUUUGGAGGUGACGAAGGAAAUCCAAUGAAAUGGCAAUACGGGAUUCCCUUGCAGUUUAAUGGCUCAUAUUAUUCGGAUUCAUGCAAGAAUUGCGAGGACAGUGGAGGAUUCUGUGGUUUUUCUGGUUUCAACCAGUCAUUUGCUUGUAUUUGCCGAAAUGGAAUGAACACUACAGUCAAUUGCUUCGGACGAGCAUAUGCUUGGAGUGGGACAUGGAGAUGCAUUAUUCAAACCAAAUUAAAUCUUGGAGGGGUGAGAUCCCAUGGGGUUCAUCCGUUUGCCAGGAUUUCUGUUCAUAAUACUGUAGCUGAAUUUGAUAGUCAUGCUAGCAUAAAAGCAUCUCCUACCCUUCUGGGAGUGAAUGGGAUGAAUCAGGAAUGGAUUAAUGUAGAGUAUCAGGUAUCCAGUCCAGGAAUUGAUGAUUGGAUUGGAGUAUUUUCUCCUGCCAAUUUCAGUACUUCUACUUGCUCUCCUGAAAAUCCAAGGGUAUAUCCACCUCUUCUUUGUAGUGCACCAAUAAAGUUCCAAUAUGCGAAUUACUCUAGUCCCAAUUACAAGGACAGUGGGAAAGGUUCAUUGAAGUUGUUACUCAUAAACCAGAGAUCAGACUUCUCUUUUGCGCUGUUUUCUGGUGGAUUAUCAAAUCCAAAGCUGGUGGCAGUUUCAAACAGAGUUUCCUUUGCAAAUCCAGAUGCACCUGUGUAUCCUCGCUUAGCUCAAGGGAAGACAUGGGAUGAGAUGACAGUGACAUGGACUAGCGGAUAUGGACUUGAUGAUGGAGAGCCUUUUGUUGAAUGGGGACGAAAAGGCGAGAAACAGAGUCGCUCCCCUGCAGGAACACUUACCUUUGGCCGUAAUAGUCUCUGUGGUCCUCCAGCAACAACUGUAGGUUGGCGUGAUCCUGGCUUCAUUCAUACCAGUUAUUUGAAAGAUUUGUGGCCUAAUGUUCUAUACACUUACAAACUGGGACAUCAAUUACACAGUGGAUCCUAUAUUUGGAGCCAAACUUACGAAUUCAGGUCAUCUCCUUAUCCUGGUCAAAACUCCCUACAGCGUGUAGUCAUUUUCGGUGACAUGGGAAAGGAUGAAGCUGAUGGUUCCAAUGAAUAUAACAAUUUUCAAUAUGCUGCCCUUAACACCACUAAUCAGCUUAUCAAGGAUUUGAAGAAUAUCGAUAUAGUCUUCCACAUUGGUGAUAUUGUUUAUGCUAAUGGGUAUCUUUCUCAAUGGGAUCAAUUUACAUCUCAAGUUGAGCCAAUUGCUUCACGUGUACCUUAUAUGGUUGCAAGUGGCAACCAUGAGCGUGAUUGGCCUGGAUCAGGGUCAUUUUAUAAUACCAUGGAUUCUGGUGGCGAAUGUGGUGUGCCAGCGCAAAAUUUGUUUUACGUUCCUGCACAGAGCAGAGCUAAAUUUUGGUAUUCCACAGACUAUGGCAUGUUCCGGUUCUGCAUAGCUGACACUGAAAAUGAUUGGAGAGAGGGAACAGAACAAUAUAAAUUCAUUGAAAACUGUCUUGCAUCAGUAGAUAGACAGAAGCAACCUUGGCUUAUCUUUCUUGCGCAUCGAGUGCUUGGUUAUUCUUCUACUAGUUUUUACGCAGAUGAAGGAUCCUUUGCAGAACCAAUGGGAAGGGAAAGCCUUCAGAAGCUCUGGCAGAAGUAUAAAGUUGAUAUUGCAAUCUAUGGCCAUGCACAUAACUAUGAGAGGACCUGUCCCAUCUACCAGAAUAUUUGUACAAAUAACGAGAAACACUUCUAUAAAGGUGUACUGAACGCCACAAUACAUGUCGUUGCCGGGGGAGGAGGAGCAGGUCUAACGCAAUUUUCUACCCUGCAACCCAAAUGGAGCAUCUUCAGAGACUAUGAUUAUGGAUUUGUAAAGUUAACUGCAUUCGACCAUUCAAACCUAUUAUUUGAGUACAAGAAGAGCAGUGAUGGUUUCAACUCAAGUGAAAUGCAACCUUUCUUGAUUUUGCCUGCAAUUUUGUUGGCUUUAUUGACCUCUCAAGGGGUGAGAUCCCAUGGGGUUCAUCCGUUUGCCAGGAUUUCUGUUCAGAAAACUGUAGCUGAUUUUGAUAGCCAUGCUAGCAUAAAAGCAUAUCCUACCCUUCUUGGAGUAAAUGGGCUGAAUCAAGAAUGGGUUGAUGUAGAGUAUCAGGUAUCCAAUCCAGGAAUUGAUGAUUGGAUUGGAGUAUUUUCUCCUGCCAAUUUCAGUGCUUUUAUUUGCUCUCUUGAAAAUCCAAAAGAAAACCCACCUCUUCUUUGUAGUGCACCAAUAAAGUUCCAAUAUGCAAAUUACUCUAGCCCCAAGUACAAGGACAGCGGGAAAGGUUCAUUGAAGCUGUUACUAAUAAACCAGAGAUCAGACUUUUCUUUUGCGCUGUUUUCUGGUGGAUUAUCAAAUCCAAAGCUGGUGGCAGUUUCAAACAGUGUUUCCUUUGCAAAUCCUGAUGCACCUGUGUAUCCUCGCUUAGCUCAAGGAAAGACAUGGGAUGAGAUGACAGUGACAUGGACCAGUGGAUAUGGAAUCGAUGAUGCAGAGCCUUUUGUUGAAUGGGGACGGAGAGGCGAGAAACAGAGUCGCUCCCCUGCUGGAACACUUACCUUUGGCCGUAAUAGUCUCUGUGGUCCACCAGCAACAACUGUCGGUUGGCGUGAUCCUGGCUUCAUUCAUACCAGUUAUUUGAAAGAUUUGUGGCCUAAUGUUCUAUACACCUACAAACUUGGACAUCAAUUACACAAUGGAUCCUACAUUUGGAGCCAAACAUAUCAAUUCAGAUCAUCUCCUUAUCCUGGUCAAAACUCCCUACAGCGAGUAGUCAUUUUUGGUGACAUGGGAAAGGAUGAAGUUGAUGGUUCCAAUGAAUAUAACAAUUUUCAAUAUGCUGCCCUUAACACCACUAAUCAGCUUAUCAAGGAUUUGAAGAAUAUCGAUAUAGUCUUCCACAUUGGUGAUAUUGUUUAUGCUAAUGGGUAUCUUUCUCAAUGGGAUCAAUUUACAUCUCAAGUUGAGCCAAUUGCUUCACGUGUACCUUAUAUGGUUGCAAGUGGAAACCAUGAGCGUGAUUGGCCUGGAUCAGGGUCAUUUUAUGGUACCAUGGAUUCUGGUGGCGAAUGUGGUGUGCCAGCUCAAAAUUUGUUUUAUGUUCCUGCAGAGAAUAGAGCUAAAUUUUGGUAUUCCACAGACUAUGGCAUGUUCCGGUUCUGCAUAGCUGACUCUGAAAAUGAUUGGAGAGAGGGAACAGAACAAUAUAAGUUCAUUGAAAACUGUCUUGCAUCAGUAGAUAGACAGAAGCAACCUUGGCUUAUCUUUCUUGCGCAUCGGGUGCUUGGUUAUUCUUCUAGUACUUAUUACGCAGAGGUAGAAGGAUCCUUUGGAGAACCAAUGGGAAGGGAAAGCCUUCAGAAGCUCUGGCAGAAGUAUAAAGUCGAUAUUGCAAUCUAUGGCCAUGCACAUUGCUACGAGAGGACUUGUCCCAUCUACCAGAACAUUUGUACAGACAAUGAGAAACACUUCUACAACGGUGUAUUGAACGCCACAAUACAUGUGGUUGCCGGGGGAGGAGGAGCAGGUGUUGCGCAAUUUUCUACCCUCCAACCCAAAUGGAGCAUCUUCAGAGACGCCGAUUAUGGAUUUGUGAAGUUGACAGCUUUCGACCAUUCAAACCUAUUGUUCGAGUACAAGAGGAGCAGCGAUGUCGAAGCUGUAUCAACGUUAAUCUCAGUCCUUAUCUUGGGGGGUUCUAUCGCCAUGCGGGUUUUUUCGAUUUUGCUGGCUAUUUGGGCAGCUCUUCUGAACAUUAUUCCAGGGGUAAUAUCUCAUGGGGCUCACCCAUUCUCGAUUAUCGACAUUCAUAGAGCUAAAUAUGCAGUCGAAGAUCAAGCUUAUGUUAGAGCAACCCCUUUGGUUCUUGGAAUAAAUGGGCAAAACAAAGAAUGGAUUACAUUGGAAUUCAGCGUUCAAAGUCCAGCAAUUGAUGACUGGAUUGGAGUCUUUUCUCCAGCAAAUUUUAGUGCAGCUACCUGCCCACCUGAGACUCCUAGAACUUAUGUACCUUUUCUAUGUACAGCUCCAAUCAAGUUCCAGUAUGCAAACUACUCGAACCCUGACUACAUAAACACGGGAAAAGGAUCGUUGAAGCUUCUGCUGAUUAAUCAAAGAUCAGACUUCUCUUUCGCUCUAUUUUCUGGGGGACUAUUGGCACCAACGCUGGUGGCUGUGUCAAAUACAAUUGCUUUUGCAAAUCCGAAUGCGCCAGUCUAUCCACGCUUAGCACAAGGGAAGGAGUGGAAUGAAAUGACGGUCACCUGGACAAGUGGUUACGGACUCAGCGAGGCAGAACCUUUCAUCCAGUGGGGCCUGGAAGGAGGAGAACAGAUAAAAUCUGCAGCUGUGACUUCGACUUUUGACCGCAACACCAUGUGUGGUGAUCCAGCCAGAUCAGUUGGGUGGCGUGAUCCUGGAUUCAUUCAUACAGGAUUCCUGAAGGAAUUGUGGCCCAACUUAGUCUACACCUACAAGCUGGGGCAUAAAUUGUUCAAUGGCACAUAUAUUUGGAGUCAGAAAUAUCAAUUCAGGGCAUCACCAUAUCCUGGUCAAAACUCCCUACAACGAGUGGUCAUUUUUGGAGACAUGGGAAAGGAUGAAGUUGAUGGCUCAAACGAAUAUAAUACAUUCCAACCUGGAUCUCUUAACACAACCAAGCAGCUUGUAGAUGAUAUAGAUGAUAUUGACAUAGUGUUUCACAUUGGAGAUAUUGUUUAUGCAAUGGGCUACCUUUCCCAGUGGGAUCAGUUCACUUCCCAAAUUGAGCCAGUUGCUUCAAGGGUACCUUAUAUGAUUGCAAGUGGUAAUCAUGAGCGUGAUUGGCCCGGAACAGGUUCCUUCUACGAUACCAAUGAUUCAGGAGGAGAAUGUGGUGUCUUGGCUGAGACUAUGUUUUAUGUUCCUGCAGAAAACAGAGCUAAAUUCUGGUAUUCUACCGACUAUGGAAUGUUCAGGUUCUGCAUAGCUGACACUGAACAUGAUUGGAGAGAGGGAACAGAACAAUACAAGUUUAUUGAGCACUGUCUAGCAUCUGUAGAUAGACAAAAGCAGCCGUGGUUGAUCUUCCUAGCACAUCGAGUGCUAGGAUACUCCUCGAGUGCUUGGUACGCUUCUGAAGGAACAUCAGCAGAACCAAUGGGAAGGGAGAGUCUCCAAAAACUUUGGCAGAAGUACAAAGUUGAUGUUGCCAUUUUUGGUCAUGUUCAUAAUUAUGAAAGGACUUGUCCAGUUUAUGAGAAUGUUUGCACAAGGAAUGAGAAGCACUUUUACAAGGGAUCUCUGAACGGGACAAUACAUGUGGUUGCCGGAGGCGCAGGAGCAUUCCUUUCUGAAUUUUCCGGGAUUGAAACUGCAUGGAGUAUAUACAGAGAUUUUGAUCAUGGAUUUGUGAAGUUGACAGCAUUUGAUCAUUCAAACAUGCUGUUUGAGUACAAAAAGAGCAGAGAUGGAAAAGUUUAUGAUUCAUUCAGGAUCUCCCGUGACUACAGAGACAUCUUGGCUUGCGCUUUGGAUAGCUGCCGGGCUACAACCUUGGCAACCUAA